AUGUUACAACAACUUUGGAAGGAAAAUCUAUCUUGGGACAGUCCAGUUUCCCAUGAAUUACAAGUUAAAUGGAACAAUUUUAUACAAGAACUUCCGUCAUUAAAUUAUUUAAAAAUUCAGCGACAUGUUAUUUGUGAUAAUUCCACACAAAUAGAAUUACAUGCCUUUUCAGACGCUUCUGCGGUAGCAUAUGGUGCAGCUGUGUAUUUCAGAUCAAAAAAUUGCUAUGGUGAAACAUUUUGUCAUUUGCUUAUCUCUAAAGCUAAGGUUGCGCCAAUUAAAUCACUAACAAUCCCUCGGUUAGAAUUAUGUGCAGCCCAUCUUCUGGCUAAACUUGUUAAUAAGGUUACUACUUCUUUGAGGCUUGAUUUCAAUUCUGUAACAUUAUGGUCUGACUCCACAAUAGUGUUGGGUUGGAUUAAAACUCCAGUUCAUUUGUUAAAACCAUUCGUUCGAAAUCGAAUUGCUGAAAUACAGGAGUUAACUGAUAUCAGUUCAUGGCGUUAUGUUCCAAGUUUAGAAAAUCCUGCAGACAUUUUAUCAAGAGGCUCUUAUCCUAGUAGUUUGAAUAAUUCAAAUAUAUGGUGGCAGGGUCCAUAUUGGCUCCAAGAGAGCCCUGACCUUUGGCCAAAAGACAACAAGACGUCUAUUCCCCUUCCAGAAAUAAAAACUACUUUGGUAGCGGUGUCUGAAUUUAAAUUUCCAUUCGAAAGGAUUUCUAAUUUGAAUCGAUUGAGGAGGUGCAUGGCUUUCAUUUUAAGAUUUAUAAAAAAUUGCUCAAGUAAUAAAGAAAAUCGAUCGUUUGGUGUUUUUACAACAACAGAAUUAGAUAACUCUUUGUAG